AUGAUGGUCCAAUCUAAAUUCGACUUGAUAAUUGUCGGAGCUACACCUGCCGGAAUAGCUGCGGCAAUUGCUGCUGCUCGACUUGGCCGAACCUCUCUAAUUCUUGAACGCACAGCCUAUAUCGGCGGACUUCCUGCCAAUGGUCUAGGAGCUACAGAUAUAGCUACCCGGGGAGCAACUGGAGGGAUUUUCUUAGAAUUCGUGGAGCGGGUUAAGGCUCAUUAUGUCAAGAGCUAUGGCCCAGUCACUGAUCAAGUCAGCGAUUGUGACGAUGGAUAUCACUUUGAGCCUUCAGUUGCGGAAAAUGUUUUCAAUGAAUUAAUUCAAGAAAACCCAGAGAUCACCGUUUUAACAAGGCGACAGUUCGACUUCGAGCCCGACCAUUUGUCUAUCAGAGAUGGCAUUAUCAAGUCCAUUGAGGUGACAAAUUUGCAAACCGGCUUGAAAGAAACACAUUAUGGACAAUUCUUUUUGGAUGCUACAUACGAAGGAGAUCUCAUAGCAGCAGCUGGCGUGCCUUUCUUCGUUGGUCGAGAGGGCAAGGAGGUGUAUGGCGAGCUAGGUGCUGGCCGGGUAUACAAGCUUUGGAGAGGUCCUGAAUGCGAUGGUACCACGAACGCGGGAGACAACGCUAUCCAAGCAUUCAAUUACCGACUUUGCUUGACGAAUGACCCCAAGCUACGUGUGAGGGUUAGCAAACCAUCGAAUUAUAAUAGGAAGGAGUUCUCCUCUCUGGUGCUUGAUGUGACGACAGGCAUUCAUACCGGCGUGGAUGUCUUGAAGCUAUCACCAGAGCAAAUGCAAGAAAAUAUCCGUCGGUCGAAAAUGAAUCUCAAACCAGUGCCGAAUCACCUCAAUGCUAUCCAACGCCUAUCUAGCAUGGUCAAAUUACCAAACAACAAAACCGAUGCGAAUAAUCAGCACUUUGCAUUCAUCUCGACAGAUCUUCCUGAAGAGAACUGGCCGUAUCCUACUUCCAGCUGGGCAUGGCGUGACGCCUUUUGUCAGAGAAUGCGCGAGUACACCGAAGGGUUAUUUUAUUUUGCACAGAACGAUCCAGAACUUCCUCAGUGGUUCCGUGAUGAAUGUAACGAAUGGGGCUGGGCAAAGGAUGAAUACGUGGACAACGACCAUUUUCCUCGCCAACUCUAUGUCCGCGAGGGACGUAGAAUGAAAGGCAAACAUAUCUUCACUGUAUAUGAUGCGUUGCCAAGUGAAAAUGGGCGACCUCCUAUUCAUCAUGACAGCGUAACUGCUAGUCAUUAUGCGUUGGACUCGCAUGCCGUGAGAAAGCGGGAGCCGGGCAGAGUCCACCUUGAUGGCUUCAUAAGUUAUCCUUGCGCACCAUACACCGUGCCAUACGGUGUCAUGGUUCCAGAUGCCCCAAUUAAGAACUUGCUUGCGCCAGUACCAGUGUCUGCAAGUCAUAUUGGCUUCUCUACGUUGCGAAUGGAGCCGUGUUGGAUGGCUCUUGGUCAAGCCGCUGGCGUUGCUGCUGCUUUCUGUUUACAAGAUGGAGUCGCAGCUGCUGAUGUUGAUGUAGCCAAAGUGCAGGAUGAGCUUUUGAAUCAAGAGGCCGUUUUAUUUCAUGAUCCGAAGAUAUGGGGGAGGGACAGCAAGGAGACGUUCAAAUCGAUACAGUUGGCGGCUUUAAGGGUGUAG